AUGGACAACAUACGUUAUAAAGAAGCUUUUCUAUUAAUUGAUGAAGAAAAUUCAGGUUUUAUUACAAUAAAUGAUCUUCAUUUUCUUAUACGAGCAUUAGGUUAUACACCAACAAAUAAUGAUCUAGAAAAAAUAGAUAUAGAAUUUAUUAAUAAUCAAAAUAUAGAUUAUUUAUGGUUUAUUGAUAUAAUGUCAAAACUUUCAUGUACAAAAUAUUCCUAUGAACAAAUAGAAAAUGCUUUUUUUACUUUCGAUCAUGAUCGUUAUGGUCUUAUUCAUAUUGAAACUUUUAAAACAGCUAUGAUGAAUAUGGGAGAACCAUUAUCAGAAAAUGAAAUGUAUGAAAUGAUGAAAGAUUUACCUGUUGAUGAAGAUGGGUAG